AUGUCAUCAGUCCACACUCAAGAUAGACCUCAAGUCCGUCGCCCAUCAGGCUCGAGACCUCCUCCAAUACUCACUCCAGGUAUGCCCGUACGUGCGGACCAGGCUAGACAGCUCAUGCAGCAAUUCCCACAACCACAACGUCCAUCCAACCCAUCUCCCCAUCCCACUUCUUCAUCUCCUGCAGCCGGUCAUACGAGCCAUCAUCGAUCAUCUAUGCCGAACCCCCAUCAAAAGCCAACACCUGUCGGUCCCCAUCAAGUGCAAAAAUCAAAUCAUGCUUCUAUAUCGGGUAGACCCCUCCCUCGGACCUCUCAUGCCCAACGAACAGACUCGACUGAUUCUUCUUUGAGAGAAACUCACAGAGCCAACAUCAAACCCGUUGGUGCAGGCAGUAUGGGUCCACCUAGAUAUCCCAGUGCGAACCUUGCAUGGGGUCAUCAGAAUCAUAAAUUACCUUCACCGAAGGAACACCAAGCUCAAAGCCAGCAUCAGACCUCGGUAUCGAGAGGAAGUAUGGAUAGCAAUAUGGGUAUGGGUGCGAGGGAAUCCAGAUCUGAUGUGGAGAUGCAAUUUUAUCAUUUGCUCGACUCGCUCCAAGUUCCAGCUACCGUUAGACAAAAAUUCUCAACAGUCUCAUCAGACGUCAAAUCCUCUAUCCUCCUUUCCACUCUCAAUUCCAAUCCUGCAAUCUUAUCAUCCUUGGGUCUACCCACCCCAACACCUACAACGCCCAAGGUGAAGAAAAGGAUGUCCACACCAUUAUUGCGCAAGACCAAAUCGUCUGCAGAAGUCUCUUCCCCCAGCGGAUCACCCCAGGUAGGCAAGACGUACGAUGUGGGUGGAGAAGGAUUCGUGAUUGUAGCUUCGCCCAAUCUGAAUAACGAAGGAAAUAACAGAGGUAUGAUGUCUCCUCCUCUUGGAUAUAGCAGUAAUUCAAGAGGACAAUCAAUGGAUUUACCUCGAGCUUCCACAUCGUCUGGGUCCGGUUCAGGUUCAAAUAGACCUCUAUCGGGGUUGUUCAGUCCAUCAAAUUCCAAUUCAUCCUCCUUAGGUAAAUCAUCUGGAAAAGGUCUGAAUAUCUCUAUGGGAGAACAACCCGAUUCCUUCAUUAGUUGGUUGAAUGCUCAUAAGGGGACGGACCUUAACAUGGAUGUAGGAAAAGCCAAGAAAUUGAGAAUGCUGCUUAGACACGAGAAUACGACCUGGGUUGGGAGAUUCAUAGAGAUGAAAGGGUAUGAUCUGAUUUUAGAUAGGUUGAAAGAUCUUUUGGAUAUUGAGUGGAGGGAAGAGCAACAUGAUGAUCAGAUGUUAUAUGAAUUACUGAGAUGCGUCAAAGCACUUUCAACUUCAGAGAUUGGUAAAAAGGCAUUAAGAUCUCACUUUCCUCAACCAUUCCCAUCAUUAUCCAACUUGUUAUUCUCAGAGAAGAAACCUGGUGAUUUAGCUUCCAGACAAAUAAUCAUUGAAUUAUGGUUAUUCCUUUUCGAUCUUUUCCCUCCUUCCUCCUCUUCAAGAAAUGGACCUAAAACCAGUACGAUUAGGUUUGAUGAGAAAACCGAGAUGGAUAUAGUGCAAGAAGUGAAAGGACUUUUGGUACCUGAUUUACCUGAUCCGACUAAAGAACAGCACGAAUUCGUGACGAAGGCUCAUAGACCUAGAGUUUUCAAAGCUUGGGUAGGAGAGUUGAGUGAUAUAUGUAGAGAUUAUUUCUGGAUCAUGUGUCACGCUUCUAAUACUUUAUGGGAUAUCUCAGAAGUCGAUGAGAACCUGGUAGAGAAACCGGUUGCUCCUGGGGGUGCGACUGGUGGAGUAGAGUUUGAAGCUAUGAAUUAUGUUACGAUACAUUUCAAAUUACUCAAUGCUUUAUGUAAAUUCCAAGCGAUAGAAAGUAAGGAUGAUGCGUUGAAAUUGCAUGAAGAUCUAAUGAGCUCAGGUAUGGAUAGGAUAUUGGUGACCCUUCGUAAAGCCUCUACUACGUAUUAUCCUACUCUGCACCUUGAGUUAGCUAGAUAUGUCAGUCUGUUGAAGGAUAUUUGCCCAAAUGGUAAAUUGCCUUAUUUGAUUGGUAAGAUGGUUGGACCUCCUCCAGAGGAAGUUAGGAGCUUUGGCGCAAGUGGGAGUGCGAGAGAUUGGUUGGGUAGUGGAGUAGCUAGGUGA